UUUGGGCUCAAAAACAAACAAUUUAGUGUUUGAGUUUCAUUACCUUUCAAUAAACUUGCCAGUGUUUCUUAGUGCAUAAUUUCCUUGCACCAAUAUUUGCACUUAUCUGUUGCUGUCUGUUAGACAAUUAUGGCAUCACUAAGUCAACAAAAUGCAAUCUGUGAAGUUUGUGAUAAGGAAUUUUCAAGCACAUCUACCAGAAACAGGCAUUGGAAAAAGUUUCACCCUGAAUUUGUUGGGAAGGAACAAAUAAAACACAUUAUAUGUCCAAUGUGUACUAAUGAUAUCCAGACAUUUUCAUAUUUUAACUGUUUAAACAAACAUUUGCUUGAUAUUCACCAUAUAACUGUCAAAGAAUCAAUUUUAAAUUUUAGGAAUUUUGAAGAUUUCACAUCUUGGAGGGCACAAGAUAAUAGGGAAGUAGAUUAUGCUUGUCAGACCCGAAACAAGUUUAAGAAUGGGGAAGAACACAUAUUUUACCAUUGCAACAGGAGCGAUAUCAGAGGAUUUAAUAGCGCGUGCAAAGUGAGAAGUGAGAAGUCUGGGGGAAGCAUUCGCAUUCAAGGAACAUGUCCCUCAAGGAUUUUAGUAAAAGUUUUAACAAGCGUUGCUGUGAAAUUUGUGGAAACUCAUGUAGGACAUGCAGAUGAGUUAAGAUCAAAACGGUUGUCCAAGGCUAAAGAAAAUAUUGUAGUUGGGCCAUUGACUGCAGGAGUGACAAAUGAAAGGAUAAUUCAAGAUGCUAGGAAAAUUCAGAACAACACAAUAGAAAGACUAAACCUACUAACAAGAGGAGACCUUGCAUAUUUGUUAAGGAAGUAUAAUAUUGACAAAAAAAGAGAUGCUGAUGAUAUGGUAGCGACAGCUUUAAAAAUUAAUGAAUGGAAUAGCCAAGGAAAAAAUUAUGCGUUUUUAUUUAAAAGAAUAGGCGAUAGUUAUCCGGGAUUGAAUAAUCAUGAUUUUGCUGUGGGAUACAUUAAUGGAAUAAUGGAAAAAAAAUUAAAGGACUUUAAAAGGAUUAUUUGCAUAGAUGGGACACACGGAACAAAUAGAAGAAAUCUAGAUCUAACAAUAAUUCUCGUUAAGGAUGAAAAUAAUAUGGGCUUCCCAGUCGCAUUUUUACUUUCAAACAGGUUAGACCAAGUAAUCCAAGAAAUCUUUUUUAGGGCUCUUCAACUAAGGCUGGGCGAGACUCUUCAGACCGACUAUAUAAUGAGUGAUGAUGAUCCCAAAUAUUAUAAUGCAUGGAUCAAGGUGAUGAAUUUAGCAGAAAAACCUAGAAGACUUCUUUGUUCAUGGCACAUUAUCAAGAAUUGGAACAUCAAAGGAAGAUCAAAAUUGAAGAAGGCAGAAAACAGAAUACAUAUGAAGAAGGAAAUGAGGAACAUUUUAAAGGAGACCAAUGUUGCCACUUUUAUGGUGUUAAAAGAAAACUAUUUCAAGCAUUUGGAAGAGGAGGGUGAACACGAUUUCUUGAGAUACUUGCAGACCUUCUAUUUUCAAACUGAAGAAAGGAUGAUGAUGUGGGCCCAUUGCCACAGAAUAAAUGUUGGUAUAAAUACAAAUAUGGCUAUAGAAAGUUUAAACAAAGUACUAAAAUACAAUAAAAUGGGAGGUCGACGCAAUCUUAGAGUUGAAAAGUUGCUGGAUUUGUUGGAUGAACUUGUGGAUGAGAGGAUGUGGAAGAGGAUAAUUAAUAGUGAAAGACCAAACUCAAAUAGCUAUCAGCAUAAAAUUGUAAUAGAAGCCCAUAAGAAAGCCGAAAAAAUGAAUGGUAAGGUAGAAUUUUUAGAAUUUGGAAAAUUUAAAGUACAAAGUGUUUCGGUAAGUGGUAAGUUCUAUGUUGUGUCUUGUCAUGAACUAUGUGAUGAGCAAUGUCGCACUGGAUACUGUAAGACCUGUAAAAUAUGUUUUCAUAAAUACAGAUGUGAGUGUCCAGAAAAUUCUGUCAAAACAGUACUUUGUAAACAUAUACAUGCUGUAGCCAUUUUUGAGCAGAGGAGCGAGUUUGUUGUAGGGCCCCCAACUGUGAGUGAAGAGGAAGAGGAUAAUGUUUUGUAUGUUAAUCAACCCACAACUAGCCAAAUCAAUUAUCAGGAGGAUGUAAACCAUUUUAUUCAGGAGAGUUCAAGAAUGAAAAUCAAUAGUUCUGCAAUGGACUUUGAAGAAAAUCGAGAAAUUGCAUUGCAAGAAAUUUGUAGCUAUGGUAGAAGUUUAGAUAAAAAUGCAUUUGCCAGAUUUAUGGCUGUAAUCAACAAAUUUAAAAAUAAAGAGGUGGAGGAAGAAAAUUCUCAGGGCAUUGAAAAGAAAAGAAAAAUUGAAAAACAAAUGUACUAUGCAAAUAAAAAAUAAGCUAGAUUUCUUUGUGUAUUUAAUGGCUAGAUAAUAUUUGAAUUGUAGCUAUUUUUUAUGUUUGUAUAGCUGUGAAGUUAACAAAAAUAGGAUGUGGUAUUUUAUAUAGUAUUUUGUGUUAUAAUCAGUAUAAUAUAACUAAGUAUAUUUUUUGUAAGG